AUGGAAUUUACCACUUUGGUGCAAGGAACCAUGACAGUGCACCAAUAUGUAGCUAGAUUCAUUGAACUAUCCCGUUUUGCUGCAUAUCUGAUUCCGGAAGAAGAAAAGAAGGCACGCAAAUUUGAACAAGGACUUAAUGAAAAACUUUAUGAACGAGUAGUGGGCUUCCAGAUUCGGAAUUUCUCAGAGUUGGUAGAUAAGGCCACAAUUUUUGAGCGAAGCCUUCAAAGGAGAGCGACCUUGCACGAUCAGAGGAAGAUGACUAUUCCAUCGGGGCCUCAUUCUGGUAUGGACCAGGGAUCUUGGAAAAAGAGAAAUGAAGUGUGCAGGAAAGAAGCGAGACUAUGCUACCGUUGUGGCAAAUCGGGUCACUAUCUCAGGGACUACCCUUUGCGAUUGAAUAGUAACAAGCCACCACCACCACCACCACCUAGGGCAGAACGGACAGCGCGAGGCAACGUCCAGCGUACUAUUGUGCCUGCAAGAGUUUUUGCCCUGACACCUGGAGAGGCUGAAGAUAAGAAUGACGUGAUCACGCAAACCGAAAAGUUAAAGUCCAAGUUACAGGUUGCGACCCCGACAGGAAAUUCGGUAGUCUGUGACGAGUUUCUACCAGGGUGUCCUGUAACAAUUGAGGGAAGAUUGAUGCCAGCAGAUUUAAUAGUGUUUAACAUGAUCGGGUUUGAUGUAAUUUUGGGUAUGGAUUGGCUGGCUUGCUACCACGCCAGCAUAGACUGUUUUAAAAAGGAAGUGGUAUUUAGACCCCCCAAAAAAAGUGAAUUUCAGUUCACAGGUUCGAAAGUGAGGAUGCACCCACCCAUUAUAUCUGCCGUUCAAGUUGGGAAAUUGUUACGAAAUGGUUGUCAGGGAUUCUUAACCUGCGCGGUAGAAGCACCAAAAGAGGAGUUGAAGUUAGAACAGAUACCUGUGGUGAGGGAAUAUCCAGAGGUUUUCCCAGAAGAUUUACCUGGACUCCCGCUUGAGCGAGAAGUAGAGUUUACUAUCGAACUAGUCCCAGGCACAGCACCCCUUUCGAAAGCACCUUACCGGAUGGCACUGUCUGAAUUAGUGGAACUCAAGGAACAAUUACAAGACCUGUUGGAUAAGGGUUUUAUUAGGCCCAGUGUAUCACCUUGGAGAGCUCCAGUUCUCUUUGUAAAAAAGAAGGAUGGAUAG